AUAGCAUAGCUACCGAAAGCGCGUGCAGCCCCUCCACCCCGUCGCGCGGCCUCUCCUGCACACCGUCGCGCAGAGCGCUCUCCAAACCAGGUUCCCGGAGAAGUCGACAGCUCCCCUCCCCCUCCACGCCGCCGCGCAGAGCGCCAUCCGUCCCAGGUUUUGCCGCAGCAACACUUUCAAGCUGCAUAAACUCCGCGCCUUGCGGCGCAAGGCCAGAGUCAAAGGCGGCCCCAAGGCCGACACCACCAUGUCGUCGGCGCCGCUGGCCGUCCCCGCCUCCCCCUCGUCCUCGAAGCGCUCGCGCAGCAGAGACAGCGCCCGCUCCUCCUCCGCCGCCGCCUCGUCCAUCAACACGCCCGCCGCGAGCACGCCCUUCUUCACGCCCGCCGGCAGCGCCCCGAGCCUCGUCAUCCCCCACAACCCAGACGCCCCGUCCGCCGUCGACGCCUCCCCCGAGGACCCCACGCCAUACCCCGCCUUCUUGCGCCUGAGCAGACCAGGCAGACAUCCACAACAACAUGCCGACUCCGAGCAGCCGUCGCAGUGGACCAAGUGCGCCGGCGAGGACGUCAUGAGCCGCAACAGAUACGCCAACGUCGACCCGUACCAGAGCAACCGGGUGCGCUUAAAGGUGCCCGACGGCCACAAUGACUACAUCAACGCCUCGCCCAUUGUGCUGCACUCGACCAAGUCGAAGACGGCCCUCAGGUAUAUAGCUACACAGGGCCCAAAGUUCGACAGCUACCACCACCUCUGGAGAAUGGUCUGGCACGAGACCAGUUCGCCCGCCGUCAUAGUGAUGCUCACUCAGACGCACGAGGCGGGGCGCGAAAAGUGCUAUCCUUACUUUCCCCGCUCGCCCAGCCAGCCAGACCUCAGGGUAAACGCCCACGACGAGUUCGCAGACGGCUUUAUCCAUACCCUGAAGCUCACAUCUCUCGAGGACCACGAGGAGGCGAGAGCCCAAGUCAGGGAGUUGGACAUGACCAGCGAUGACGGCAGCGAGACAAAAAAGGUCUGGCAUCUGCUCUUCGGGGGCUGGCCAGAUUUUCUCGUCCCAGAAGGGGAGGACCGGAUAGCUCUGCUCAGGCUGAUCGACAUGUCGAGAGAAAAGAACGUCGACAACUCCGCAAAUCCGCGCAUCGUGCACUGCAGCGCAGGCGUUGGUCGCAGCGGCACCUUCAUCGCCCUCGAUUGGCUACUCCAGGAGCUCGACGAGGGCAGCCUAGACAACCUAGGCCCUGAGGAGGACCCCGUUUCAGCCGUAGUCGAUGAGCUCCGCAAGCAGCGCAUGAUGAUGGUUCAGGGUGAAGCACAGCUCGCCUUCAUCUACGACGUGGUCCGCGAGCGAUGGCGCGAGCGCUGGAUAAAGCUGAAUCCUGAAGACGCCGAAAGGCUAGGCGUUACGCGCAAUGGGCAGGAAGAGCCCAGCCUGAAGAGGCGGAAGUCAGAGAAAAGCGAAGUGAGUAUGAGUGAGCAGGAGGAAGGAGACGAGGAUGAGCGGGCGCAGCUUGAAGCAGAGCUCAUGGAUGCCGAGUUUGACUUCGAGAAGGGAAAGACGUAGUUGACGUUUCUUUCCAGGCCCUCGGCAGUUUCCCAACCGCUUGUUGCCCCCCGUCUUCGUUAUCCUCAUUUUCCUCUCUGUACCUGUACUUUUCAACGUUAGUCUUUGAUGGCAUAGCGUGCUCUGUUGUUGUAUCUCUUUGCAUAUCCCGCAUUCCACCGGCUUGAUUUCGCACGGUUUCGUUUAGGGUAGAAUAAUGGGUACUGCUGGGGGCUGAGAUAUCCUGGGGCGGUUCAUACACGUGUGUCGUAUACCACUUGUCAACGCGUUACAUUGUGCGCGAGAUCGCUUCCUUACC